AUGCAAAGGAGAUCACAGGGACCACCUACAUAUCCACUUGAUCACGAGCUCGAACGCACCUUGAGACAAGUUAGAAGACUUUUUAACGAAGAUAACAGAGGGUUUGGUUCGAUACUUGAUUGUGAUAGUGAUUCUUCUCCCUUUGCUAGUGAAGCUACUACCGAUAUGGCAGAGCAUGAGCAAGAGGAUGACCUUUCUUUAUUUCGGGAAUUUGGGAAUCCGGAGGGAUAUGAGCUCACCGGAGGCAUCUUGUUGCCUAUUACCGAGACAAACUUCACCAUCCAUCCCCAAUACACAAGGAUGGUGCAAUCUGAGCAAUUUUCCGGAUCCCCAAGUGAGGACCCAAUAGAGCAUCUUGAUCGAUUCCUUGAACUAUGUGCUAUGAUACAAACAAAUCAAGUUAGCCAAGAUUAUAUACGAAUGCAUCUUUUCCGACAAUCCCUUACGGGAAGGGCAAAGAAGUGGCUCAAAUAUGUCAAGCCCAAUUCUCUCACUACAUGGAAGGAGGUUGUGAAGGCCUUCUUGAAGAGAUUCAUCUCCGAAGAGAAAACCGCCGAGAUGAGAAGGAAGAUAGCCUCCUUUGAGCAAGAUUCGGAUGAAACUUUGGGAGAAGCUUGGGAGAGAUUUAAGGAAUUAGUUCAAGCAUGCCCACACCAUGAAUACAACCAAAGUUUGCUUAUGAGAUUCUUCUACGAUGGUCUAGAGCCGAUGUCUAGAGCCAACCUAGAUGCGGGAGCCGGAGGGCAAUUGAUUAAAAUCCCUCAAAAUCAAGUUGAAGCCACAAUAGAAGAAGUUCCAAAGAAUUACUCAUGGGGAGGCCGAAGGAAGCCUCAAGCAAAAAAGGGAGGAAGAUACGAAUUGGAAAAAGUUGAUCAACACCAACAUCAAAUCGAGCUUUUGAACAAGGGGUUGCAAAAACUAAAUGCGGGUGGAAAUGCCGGUUCAAGCUCCUCCCAAGUCAAUGCCUUCUCAUGUGAAAUUUGCGGUGGAUUAAACCAUGAUACCUCUUAUUGUGGGGGUUUGAGUCCAAAACACAUUAAUGCUUACAAUACUAGACAAGAUGGUUAUAGGGGGAACAAUAGUGGAUUAGCUUGGAGGCAACCACCACCGGGCUUCAAUAAUAAACCUCAACAACAUGUUGAGCCUCCCUUCAAUCCACAACCACCAAACCCACCACAAAACCAAAACCGAAGAGGAUACUACCAAAUACCUUACCAAAACCAAUCCAACUACCAAAAUCAAACCCAAUACCCACAAAAACAUCAAGAGCAAACACAAUCACAACCCGACUCAACACAAACCCAAAUUCUCCAACAACUCCAAGCCAUGAACCAACAAAUCCAAGAGCUUAAGGCUCACAACAAGAUAGUUGAUUCUCAAUUAGCUCAAGUGGCCGAAAAUUCAUCCUUAAACUCUUCUUCUAAACUACCCAGACAAUCAAACACAAACCCAUCUCACAACCUCAAACAACCCGACACAUGCAAGGCGAUCACCUUGAGAUCGGGUGCUUCUUAUGAAGGCCCAAAAGGGAGUGAGGAGGUAGAGAAAGAAGGGGAGGAUAAAAAGGGAGAUGAGGAGGUAAAUUUUGAGAAAGAAGUUGGAGACAAGAAGUCCAAGGGUAAGGACCCCAUUGACACAAGAAAGUAUGAGAAUCCGGUACCUUAUCCCGAGAGGGUUGCGAAGCGAAAAUUGAAUGACAAAUUUGCAAAAUUUCUUGAUGUGAUGAAAGGGUUACACAUCAAGCUACCUUUCCAUGAAGUGGUGACGCAAAUGCCAUCUUAUGCGAAGUUCCUUAAAGAUAUCCUAUCGAACAAAAGGAAGCUCAAAGAUGAAUUUAUUACGCUUCCACAUCAAGUGAGUGCGCUUGUUCAACAUAAGAUGCCAAAGAAGCAAAGAGACCCCGAAAGUUUCACAUUGUCGGUCAAGAUUGGCAACUUGGAAGCCAAAGGAGCUCUAGCCGACCUUAAGGCUAGUGUUAGCCUAAUCCCAUUGUCCAUUUCUCAACAAUUGAAUAUCGAGAUGAUACCCACAAGAAAGACCAUUCAACUAGCCGACUGA